AUGCCUGUCCGCCUAGCAGAGACCACCCCGGCCGCGCCGGCACCGACCAUCUCGGCGGUGGCCUUGACGACGACCUUCACGCCGCCCGCGCAAUGCGCCGAGAACCACCUGACGAUGCUGGUCGGCGCCCUGGAGAAGAUUUGGAUCAACGAGCCGGUGCCCCUGCCCAACCAGACGACCUCGUCAUGCUACCCGUCGGAAUGGCUCGGCGGAUACCAAUCCGUCAUGUCCAAGUCCAGCUCCAUCGCGCCCUACAUGAGCCCCCUGGUGUGUCCUGACGGGUGGAACACGGAGAGCAGCACCUGGGCAAACGGCUACAUUGCGUGUUGCGCGUCUGGCUUCACCUUCGCCGCGCCAUCAAAGGCCAUCGACACCGACCGCCCGGCCUACGGCGGCACAUGCUACAGCAACUUCGACCUCAGCCAGACGGCCACCGUCACGGUAUACAACCCGGAGGAGCUGUCGACGACCAUCGACUGGGUGGCCACGACGACGCCCGCCCAGGCCUACGCCCACCCCAUCGACGGCAUCGCCGCGGACUACACGCCGAGCGCGACCGCGGGCUCCGCCGUGACCGGCACCGACGGCGCCGGCGUCGCCGUCAAGACGGGGGAGAACGCCGCGCCGCAUCGGGGCGGCAACUCGAGGGCGGCCUUUGUGAUUGGGUUCCUGCUCGCGAGCCUGGUGGCUUGGUAG